UUUUUUUUUUCCGUCUUGUUCAGCGCUGAAUCAUUUCAAUUGGCGUAUUCUUGGAGGAAGUUAAUACUACAUCGCAAAAACCUCUUUUUCUUCCGGACCCAGCCAUGGCAGUCCCGGCAUCCUUACCAGCGUUACUGGACUCCUUAACGAACUCGUUAAACUCAGCAUUCGAAGCCACUCCUAAAAUAUCCGGUAUCGAGCCGACCAAAGACGGAGUAUCUCUUCUCGACGUCAAAAACGAGCUUCUCCUUUCCUACCUACAAAACCUUGUCUUCCUAAUUUUACUGAAGAUCAGGAAUGCAAAAGAAACCAGCUCGGGGGAAGUAGAAGAGCCGACCGGAUCUGACCUCUCGGACACGGUUGUAAAAAAGUUGGUUGAAUUACGACUAUAUCUUGAUAAGGGAAUUCGGCCCCUCGAGGAGAAAUUGCAAUUCCAGCUUGAUAAGAUACUGCGCGCAGCUGAUGAUGCUGAGCGCAUUGCUUCUCAGGCGUUAGAAGAUGCCGGGUCAGAAUCAGAAUCGGAUGAAGGAGACAGCGAUGGAGAUGCUUCUGAAAACGAGGCCCCAUUCCGACCUACAAUUAGUCUCUCGGCCAAGCAAUUUGGUCCCGGCUUCAACAACUUUGCGCCGCCUUCAAAUCCUGUAGGAAUGGCCGCCGUUACAGCGACGGAAGACAAGACAGGUGCAUACCGCCCGCCCAAGAUCACCCCGACCGUCAUGCCCACAGCCGAGCGGAGGGAGCGGCGCGAGCGCAGACCCAUGAAGUCUGCCGCCGUCGAUGAGUAUGUCGCGAAUGAGUUAUCGCACAUGCCAGUUGCAGAACCGAGCAUUGGAACGACGAUCGUGUCUGGGGGCAGAAGCAUGAAGACUGCUUCUCAGCGACAGGAAGAGGACCGUAAACGUGAAUAUGAAGAGUCUAAUUACGUGCGUUUGCCGAAGGAAAGCAAGAAAGACCGCUCCAAACGCAAUAAGGCUGAGGGACGAAGCGCAAAGAUGACAUUCGGUGGUGAAGACUGGCGGGAUCUUGGCGAGGGCGUAGAUCGAAUCGAGCGAUUGACCAGGCGUAGAGAAGGCGGCAGUAGCACCAAGGCGCUACUCGAGAAGAGUCGUAAGAGAACUAGAGAGACGGUCGAUAGCGCCCGUGGAAGUGGCCAUGCCAUCGGAACUCGGGAUAUAGGCGAUAGGUUUAAUAAGCGUCUCAAGGUCAUGGAGGGCGGACGCAGAGACCGAGGCAAGCGUUAAGGAUAUAUACAUAAUGUCAACUAGGUAAAUAUCAUUGAACCUGGACUUAUGGCUGGCUGUCUAUAGGUAUGCUAAACUCCAAGGUUCGACUAAAAGUAUUACAACAAAGUGUCAACCCUGAUCUGAUUACGGCUUUUGAACAGCUAGAGUUUUGUAUUCUUCCAUAUAAUUAUAUAGUUCCCUCAAGCCCUGUCAUACUCAUUACGUAUCCGACACAAUCUAGCAACUUGCCGCCAGAUUCCAUUCUCAAAAAAUAAUACAACGAGGAUUGAACCUCCUUUACACAAUUGAACUUCAACAGCAGGUCGCCGAAAGCAAUCGCAUGCAGGGGAUCCCGUACGAGCGUCGGAGA